CAGGAAGCGUUUCAUCAUGCUUGUUGAAGUAAGAUAAUGGUACGUUUCACUAAAUUUAUUAAAAUCAUGGAGGAAACUAAAAUAAACAGAGUUUUAUUUUUUAUUUGUGUGUGGUGAAAGAGGAUAGAACAAAUUCAAGAUGGCGGAGACUAGACCGGGAAAUCCUGAUCGAGGGUGGAAUGAUCCACCGAUGUUUCUCUACAACUCAGAUGGAAAGGCACAGCCCUCAUCUAGAAAGAAUCCUCUCACACAACGGGUUGGAGUACAUCAGAGUUAUACAAGUAAAACAACGACUCAAGCAGGUACAGGAAUCCAUCCAAGCCUUCUUCGGACCAAUCCCCCCACAGGUCCCUCUGGACCUCCUCUUAUACCAUUCACGCCUCCGUCGACUGUGGACAGUUCUACUUCCACUGCAAGGUCAAAUGAGGUCAAAGUUCAAGAGGAUAAAUCCUUAGAACUAUCAGAUGGUGACUGUGAUACCUCUAUAGCUGAACUGAGAAGUGUGCUUCAACUUUGCGUUGAUAAAUUAAAGGCUCGCAUAGCAGAUGAUAUUAAGAGAAAGAUAGAUGUACUAGAGUCAGCUUGGAAAACUGGCAAGCUCUCUGAGGCUGUACAGCAACGAAUGGCAAGAUUAUCGCAAGCUCUAUCUGAGAGAGAUUACAGCAAAGCUCAUGAUGUCCACCUAUCUUUGAUGGUUGACUUUGUAUCAGAGGUAAGUCAAUGGAUGGUGGGGAUUAAACGCCUCAUCAUGGAGGCACGUUCCAUCCUUCCUCGCGUUCCAACACCUCCUCCUGAGACAACUGGGCCAGAACCCGAGACCGAUGGUGAGGCGAUUGCCAAGGGAGAACUGAAUCAAGAACAAUCUGUCGAUGAAUUGGUGUCUCCAUGCUCGUUGUUGAAGGUUGGUGCCAAGGAAGAACUGAAUCAAGACCAGUCUGUUGAUGAACUGGUGCCUCCAUGCUCGUUGUUGAAGGUCGAUGAUGGAGAGUGUAAACCAAGUGAUGAGGAGACUGUUCAAACUGAAGGGGUUGAGAAACGGAUACCGGAUGAAGAUGAGUUGGAUCAAGCUAAGAGUUCUGUCUCGAUACCUCCUGACUUAAAGAUGAGUAAUGAGAAGGAGACUGAUGAGUCAGCUAAUGAGAUAGAGAGAUUGUAACCAUUGUGAUUGUAAACAACUCUUGAUGUGUGCUGCUGAGGAUACUUGUGUAUUAGUGACUUUUGUAAGAGUCAGCCUACUGGCAAUAAUAAUAAUAAUAAUAAUAUUUCCAAAACUUAUUAUAUAGCACCUUAAUCAUAUUGCCAUGCUCCAGGGCGCUGAACAAAAGGCACUAGUCAAAAACUAAGCAUGUACAAUUGUAUGGACAAAUAAAAAACUAAGAAACUUAAUUAUAACAAUAGGCAUUCCAAGUAAAGGGUUCUCUAAAGCCUCUCUUGUCAUAUUUUGGAAAGCUAUGUAAGAGGCUAAGCAGAGGUAAUAAGAGUUCUAAUUUUUUUGUAAUUUUUUUUUUUUUUUGGGGGGGGCAGUCAAGGGCAAAGAAAUAUUUUUAUAGGGGGGGGGCUUUAUACUUUAGCAAUCAAUUAAAAUGUAAUGUUAGUUCAUGUAAAUAAUAGUUAAUGGCCUGAUAUUUUGACCCUAGUAGAGUGUUUCUUGAAGGCUAAAAAGUUAAGUUAAUGUACUAAACCAUGCAUUAUGGAGCUGAUGAACUGGAAUUACCUUCCUGAGCAUGAAGUAUAAUUAUAAUGGUCAGGCAUAAUAUCUUACGAGAUGUUCAAGGCGCAGAGAAGCAAAUACAAUGUAAAUAAAAUAAUACAGAACAUAAUAUAUCCUUGUAUACUUUAGAGAACUUUCAAAGACUGAUUUUAAAUAAGAGUAUUAGUUAUGCCAUAUAGAGCUUUAUACAGUGCUAAUCAAUAUUCAUAUGUUAGUGUUUCUUUGCUCUCAUUUGGGGUGGGGCUUUGCUCAGGGCAUCAACUUUCCUGCAUGCUACUGGGUCUAGGGGUUUAAAUUUGAGUCAACUUGACCUAAUUUCAUAGAGCUGCUUCCAAAAGCACAAAAUAGUAGUUAAGCACAAAAUAGUUAUUCUUACCAAAAUAAGGUUGCCACUCAAAAUCCCAUGUCAGAAGUACCAUUGUGACUGGUUUCCUUAUAUGUUUUGCAUAUCGAUAAAUUAUUAAGCAGUAUUCCCUUCUGAACAUGCAAACUCGUGAAAAAGUCAUUUUGUUAAUGUUGCUCUAUUGGUUCAAUAAUGUACAAUGUAUGAACCAUGAAUAAUUUAAUUAAUGUAUCAUAAAGAACAAUAAUUAUAUAACAUAAAUAAAAUGA